CAGCGUGAAGAAGUCAUGGACCUGGCAGCAUUGAUGGCGAUCCCGUUUCUGAUGACUACUUCGAACGUAGGCAAGAGUAAGAAUAAAACCAAGCCAAAACGUCUUUGGCGGCCGUCUAAGCAGGAGGUGUUGGAGGGAUUUAUCAUCCAUGUGAAAUGUGCGGCGCACAUAGAAGACACCAUCGCACGUAGAGCGGAAAAACUGCGCGAAAUGGAAUUAACGUUACAGCCGUCUAUAGUAAUUGUAGGACCUUCUAUCAAGGAAAUAUCAGGCAGGUACAUAAUUGUAAAUAAUGUUCGUUACGAAGUGACAUCGAUCAUAAAUGCAGUUGAUGCGUGUUUUAAAAUAAUAUUUGUUCUUAACGCACAAUAUCCUGCGGAGUCUAAUAACGUUUGGCAAUUUAUCCAAACCGCACUUUACCAAAUAAAAACAAAAUAUGACAAAAUUUACACGACAGUGAACACACUUAUGACAGAUUUAAAUAUUCAACAGGGAGAGUGAGUUAAACUAAUUGAUUUGUUACCUUUGUACCCAAUAAUUAGAUUACCUAGGUCCUGAAAAAAUGCCUAAGUGUUUUUUAUGCUUCAAGAUUUGUGAUUGUAUAAAAGAAUUAUUUAAACAUUUUUCCUUAAUGCAUGGAACACAUAAUUUUUCAUUAUAUCCUUGUGUAGAAGAUGGCUGUAAUCGAACUUUUCACUUAAAAAAUACUUAUAAGAAACAUAUAACACGCGAUCAUAUUAAUAUGCAGAGUGAUACUUGUAAUGCUUCUACUGACCAAAUAUCAAAUAUUGUUAUCCCUUGCUCGUCAGAAAGACAUCGGCCUUCUAAUAUUGCAAAUCCACAUCCAUCCAAUUCAAAUAAUUAUACAUUGCCAAUGUUUUUAUCAUCGCUGUAUGCAAACCCAUUAAUACCUAAAACGGCAGUUCAAGAUGUAGUAGAUGGAAUGAACAUGUACUUAUGCGAUACUUUAUCCAGUAAUUUAGAAAAUAUUUUUAGAGAAGUAACAACAUCCCCAGAACAAGAUAAAAAAAUUAUGUCUUUGAAACAGAAGGUUUUGUCUGCUGUUCAAUCUCCUAUUAAGUCACUCGAUACUGAAUAUAAACGUCUGGAAUAUUUAAAAGGAGAAGGAACUUACAUACCCCCGAAAGAAAUAGUUAUCGGGCAAACAAUGUGUAGUGUUAAAAAGCGUGGUGUAGUAAC